AGAACCUCUUACGUUGCAGACUUGUCAUUAAUACUGUAACACACGUGCCUCGCCAGGCUGGCUACCCUGCUGUGAAAAGACAGCCCUGCCGUAAGCCCCGCUAAGUCAAAGGUGUACCGACAGCAGACUUGAGCUCCCUGCCAUUAUGUUCGCACGUCAAUUUCCGUUGACGACUAUGUUUCGAAUUCUGGGACACAACACACACGCACAGGUAGGCGGUAAGUCAAUGUCACUUAGUCUACAUGUUUGUGUGUACGUACUGAAUGACAUGCAUCCUUUACUGAUCAAAUAAAACAAAUGUCUGCUUAUCUUAUACAGUUUAGACUAUUUUUUUUUAAAAAUGCCUUAAUAAUAGUUUAGAAUUAAAAUGAAAGUAGGAUAAUUAUUGUCAAUUAAUUUCUAAUAGUGUGAAUAUUUUCACAGGACAAAAUUAUUUAAUUCUAGAAAUCAAGAGUUUGAAGGGAAAAAAACAACACUAUAAUUGCCUAAAUUUGCUUUCUGUGGCGUAGGAAAUUGGUUGCGGUUUGCCCCAGCCUUUUUUCUUUAUCUUGAAGGGCGGAAUUUUCGGGCAACUGCAGAGAAUUUUUUCUUGAAAUGAGGCUUUAAAAUUCUUGACCCAUUCCGGGCGGCACUAACCCCAGCUCACCCACUGUUUGUUUUCUUUUCAGCUGAAACGUUUUCAACAAAACAGUUGAUUCAUAAGGAAUACUGGUCUCGGGAGUGUGUUUAACACGUCUAUAGACAAAGACAACAGUUUUUGAUGAAUGUGAUGAGCACAUCUAUGGACACAGUCAACGGUUUUUGGUGAAUGUGUUUAAUACAUCUACAGACACAGACAACCGUUUAUGGUGUGAUGAGCACAUCUAUGGACACAGUCAACAGUUUGUGGUGAAUGUGUUUAACACAUCUAUUGACACAGACAAAAGUGUUUGGUGUAUGCAAAUCAGUUCUCCCUCGUUGGAUCAGAUAUUGUACAAAAAUUAAACUCUAUUAAAAACACUGAGGUCAUCAUAUUGGCCACCACCUACAUAACCUUUGGCGCAUCAUUUAUAGGUAUUGGCCGAAGCUAUUAUCUAAAAAAAACUGAUGCGUCAAAACUAAAAAUAGAAUCCAUUUGACCCCAUGGAUCUGCUUCUUGGAGAUGAAAGAAAAUAGGAAACCUGCUCCAAAAAUUUGAUCACUGUCUCAAAAAUAGGAUUAAUUGUCUCAAAAAUAGGAUUAAUUGUCUCAAAAAUAGGAUUAAUUGUCUCAAAAAUAUGAUUAAUUGUCUCAAAAAUAGGAUUAAUUGUCUCAAAAAUAUGAUUAAUUGUCAACGUACGUACGAUAAUAAAUAACGUUCAUAUUUCACAUUAUGAUACCUUAAUAUAUUUUUGAAGAAAAAAAAAAGAAGAAACCCGCAUUCGUGAUCAUGGCAACACAUCAGCAUGAGAGACCCAAGAACAGCUUUGAGUACCGCAUGUCCAAGAAGGUGGCGGAACUCACGCAGGUCGUCCACAUGCUCUUCACCCGAAACCACGAGAAGGAGGUGGAGAUGGAUGCACUGAAGGAGUCCUACGAGCACGAAAUCGAGCUUGUUCUAGCUGACGCCAAGGGUCAAAUGGGCAAACUCGAGAGCGCCAUAGCCGCGAUGACGCGGCAGUGUGGUGAUGACGCAGAUCGAAUACGCCACGAAAAAGCCGACGAGCUGCUGGCCAAGGAGGCGGAAUGGCGCAGGGUGCUGAACGAGAAGGAGGCAUCCCUGCACGAGGAGAGAAGUGAGUGUCAAAAAUUGAGAGACAUGUUGAUCUACGCCCAGAGAGACAUUGAGACGUUCAAACAAAAUUGGACGAAAGAAUCGGCUGCCAAGAGCGAGGAAAUCAACAAGAAGGAGAAGGAACUGGAACGGAUUCGCACGCGACUGGCAGGGGCGGAACAAAAGCUUAGCGGUGCGCAAGGUGACUCUGAGGUGGGUAUAGUAUACAUACCUUUUUUUCCACGUGCUGUAUCUACAUUCAGAUUUAAGAAUUCUAUUUUCUGGGGUGGGUUGGGUGGGGUUUCUUGGUGAGGGAUAUGCUAAAUCAUCACAUAAACGAGACCCUGUUGAAAUAUAACAACAUUCAAGUUGUCAAACAUUGGACUCAAUCAAACAUUGAUGAUGGGUGCGAUGUUGAUAUCCCUCUAUUCGUCAUUAGGUAUGCAUCAGCGCACUGCACUGAAUAUAUAGACUAGGCCUGCACCGCAUGCGGCCCGCCAGCACUCGCUGUGCGGCUCGCGAAGUAACAACGUAUUCUUUUUUAUUAUUAUUUUCUUAAUAGCUUCCUCCCCCCCCCCUCCCCCUGUGUUAUUUUCUUUUGGCCCGUCCAAAUUUUUCAUAAAGUAUUACGGGCCUGCCUUCGAUUUUGAGUUCUGCAGACCUGGCCUGGACAAUACUUACUUUUUAACGAUGAAACAACAAACACACACACAAGACUGAUAUUUCACAAUUUUAUUUUUAAAUCCUUUAUAUUAACUCCGCUUUUGCUCGUUGCUGCAUGGCAAAAAUCUGAGGACGGCUAAUUGACCCACUUCCCGUCAACCUAUCGAGCUGAAACUUGGCGUUGCCGAUGACGACACAUUCUACAAAAAAAAUUCGAUAUACUUUUUUUUGUUGUUGUUGAAAUAGUUGGUGAAAUAAAUCUGCGGGUGGGACAUUAAAAUAUUAAAAUAUAAAAUUAAAAAAAAAAAACAAAAAAAAACGCACGCUAAGGAUUUAUACGAAAAGCUGUGUUCUUAAGGGUUGUAUAAUUUUAAAGUCCUUUUCAUUGAGUAGGCGCGCAUAACAGUCUGUCAACGCUAUCAUACUAACAUGCCUAACUUUGACCAUUUUUUACAGUUUGAUCAAAUCUAUCCUUGCUCAAAUUGGUUUAGAUGUAAGAAGACACGGAUUUACACACAUGCGUGCUUUAACUACUUACACACACACACGCAUACACAUACCACACGUAUAGGCCCACAUACAAUUGCAUGAGGAAAUGAUUUCACGAAGCUGAAACUGAAACGCCCACCGUUCACCAAAGCUCAUCGAUUAUAGUUUUGAACGUUCGAGCUAAUCUACGAGGCACCCGACGAUCGUGGUUGUUUAGGAUUAAUGACAGCUAAUACUGGGUUCCCCAGGAGGGGGCCCGCAAGACUUACUGACAUCGUAUUUACAUUAAACAUGCUUAUCGCAACGCCACUGCGAACAAACAAAACACGAGACAGCUUUUUAAGAGCCGUUGGCGGGCGUCAAUGAGACAUGUUUGUAUUGAGAAGGUCACUCUUUAUGAAAAAAAAAAAAUUCUCUCGGUGUCUCCAACUUGUCAAACAGCAGGCGAGAGAUUUAGAGUAACCAGAUUUGAUCUUUAGUCAAACGUGGAUAUACAAAUCAUCUGGUUGGGGGACCGUGCACAUAUUAUAUAAUGCAAAGGGGGUAGGGGGUGGUUUAUCAUUUUGAUAUAUUGUGUUAUGUGGGGUGGGGUUGGGGUGGUCGAGAGCAAUGUUAUAUAUAGCUAUAUAUUAUUAGGUCUUUUUAAAAAUUAUCAUUCAUUCUUAUUUUACGAAAAAAAAAUUAUGUUCUUCAAAUUUAUGAAAUGAGCCUAGAUUAUUAAAGAUUAAAACGUAUUUUUUGCUUACAACAAUUAGCACAUUUUUUGGGGGGGGGGGAAUUUUUUUUCUGGCUUUUUACUUGAAACUUGUUUGGUUUGGCUUUAUUAGGUUUAUCGAAAACUUGGAGGUGUUUGCAUGUGUUUGUGUGUGUGUGGGGGGGGGGGGCAGGGUUGCCAACCGUGCGUAAAUUAUUUUCUGGCUUUUUACUUGAAACUUGUUUGGUUUGGCUUUAUUAGGUUUAUCGAAAACUUGGAGGUGUCUGCAUGUGUUUGUGUGUGUGUGUGGGGGGGGGGCAGGGUUGCCAACCGUGCGUAAAUUUACGGACAGUCCGUCAAGAUUUGUCGUAAAAUUGCCUGUCCGUAAAAUUCCGUUAAAAAACUAAGACGUCCAUAAAAAAAAAAAUCGACAAAACGUGGAAUCUCAACGUUAAAAAAACCAGUAAAUCAUGUUUGUGAUAUCUAGUUUCUUGAUUGAAAUUUUAAGUUUUAAAUUGUUUUAGUCUAGGCUGGCGCGGCGAGACGCAUCGCGGCAAGAUGGACUUGUUUAGACCAGUGGUUCUCAACCUUUCUAAUGCCGCGACCCUUUAAUAUAGUUCCUCAUGUUGUGGCGACCCCCCCAACCACAAAAUUAUUUUCGUUGAUACUUUAUAACUGUAGAGAUAAAGUGUUUUCCGGUGGUCUUAGACGACCCCUGGGAAAGGGUCGUGCGACCCCCAAGGGGUCGCGACCCACAGGUUGAGAACCGCUGGUUUACACAGAUCGUUUUGAGGUCAACAUUUUACGUUAAAUGUGUCCGUAAAAAAUUGUUUUUGUCCGUAAAUUUUGUUGAGAGUUCUUAUAUUUGUCAGUAAAUGUUAUUUUAUUGAGUUGGCAACCCUGGUGUGUGGGGGGGGGGGAAGAAAUGCUAACUAUUAUUAAGGGGUGUGCUAAAUAUAAAUGUGAUACAACGUUAUAAGGGAUAAAGGGAUGGGUAAAAAAAAAUUACAUUUUAUAUUUUAUUGGGGUGGCAACCCUGGUGGGUGGGGGGGGGGGCAGAAAUGCUAACUAUUAUUAAGGGGUGUGCUCAAUAUAAAUGUGAUACAACGUUAUAAGGGAUCAAGGGAUGGGUAAAAAAAAAUUACAUUUUUGUGUUAUAUAAUAUGACCAAGGCCCCAUACCGUAAAACAGCAUUAAUUAUAAAACUGCUCAAGUUACCUGAGUAUAUUUCAUGCUUUUAAAAAAAAUAUGAGCAAUACGAUAGUAUAGACAAACGUUGCUAGGAGAGCGUGGUCCAAAUACAAAGAUAUUGUCAAGGGUCCCCCAGCAGAUGACGGGGGUCGGAGAAUCUUUAAUUUUCUUUUUUUUAAAGCAAAGAACCAUAAUUAUAUAAUUUCUUUACCCCAAUAUUAGUUUUAUUACAAUCGUUAGAAUAAAAUAUAUUUAUUUUAUGGAUGGCAUUCUUUUAAAUUGCGAUUUUAUAAAUUGCUUUAUUUUGUCCUAUAUGUGAUGCCGGAGACAGCAUUUUAAACACAACUUUUAAAAAGUAAAACUCGCUCUUUCUUUAGGCAAUCAUAGCAGAGCUGCGGAAAACCAACGAGAAACUCGACAGUGAUGUGAGAAAGCUCCAGUCCAUAAUAGAGAAUAACCACAGGUCACACGAGCAGCUGUUGACCCGAAACAAACAAUUGGAGACGGACAUGAAGACCAUGAAAGUCCGGUUCAACAAAAAACUCUCAGAAAUGGCCUCAAACCAAAGCAAGAGCCACAAGAGUCAGUCGACCGACCCUUCGGACGAGCUUGACCGCCUCCGCCAGGAGGUACAAAGGUACCGCCUGGAGCUGAGUAACAGGGACAACAAUUUUAACCGCGUGUUUAGCGAGAAACAACCGGUGCUGGUUACCCAAAAGGGGACGUCAGUUCGACAAUCUUCCAGCGCUGCUCUCCCUCUUCACCCGCAUUUAAAUGGUCACCAUGGGAACGGUGGCUUGGCGUCAAGUAGCACGGGAAGUCGGAGCCACUCAACCAGCUCACAACUGUCCAAGGCGGGGAAAGAACGGGGCUCUGACAUUGGCUCUUAUUCGGAGCACGCGGAAGUGUUAAGGCUGCAGGGGCAUUUAGACAAACAUUGGCUGUCGGAAAAGAGGUCAAACGAUUCUCGCUCGGCCGGAAAAGGCGAUUUUUCACCUAGCUCAACAGCCGAGCCAUUUAUUCUCGAGCGGAUACUUCCAAGUGAAAGACAUCCGACGAGCACCAGUCAGCGUGUUUCCGAUGAUGCUUUACACCUGAGUCCACCUGAGGUAAGAAUAAAAACUGACCAAAUCAUAGAGAGGUAAUCUUUAGUUGAAUGCAUCCCACGACCAUAAUUCCAGAGACAGCACAAAUGGGUUGAACAAAUAUAUUCCUAAUGGGGACUUAUUCAAGUCAAACACAUUUCCGGGCGCAUGGUUUUAUUAGCCCGUUGAUCAUCCAAGAGGGACCAAAGCAUAAUGAGGAGUUUGGCGUAUUAAAAAAGCCCAUGUGAUUUCAGACCUACUUUAUUGUUUUUCAUUAUGUCUAACGAUAGCCCUAGAAAUUUUCUUCCUACACCUUAACGACUUAAAACUGUCUUUUUUUUUUCCUUCUUCUUUUUUUUAUCGGUAACGACUCAAAGAUGGUGCUGUAAUGCUGUGUUCAAAAGGCGCCAAAUUAAAUUCAUAGACGCUGGCACUUAUUUACAUUAAAUUUUAAAAAAAUUUAUACAGUGGAUUUAGUAGAUGGGAAGUUCACGCAUAGCCGCCGCCAUUGUUUGGCGGGUCAUUUCUAGUAAAGUAUUUUUUAAAAAAUGGCUUCACACUCGAAAAUGGUAGUCGACCCUUGACCUUGAGUGAUAAACUUUUAGAUGAUUUUCCUCGUUAUGGCAACCGAUAUUAAAAUAUUAAUGAGUGAGUUGUAGAGGAGAGAAAGAAAUCGAGAUCAUUUGCGAUUUAACUUGAUGAAUCACUCGACGUUAGUGGCGAUGCUGGUCUACUUUGAUACUUCGGAUACAACAUAAAGAUAAAAGACCUUUGGCGGGAGCCUUUUUGCAACACCACCAUCGAGGCGGCUUUGACUUUCGGUAAAAUUGGUUCAUGUGACGUCUUGUCGAAUUGGGGGGAAGGAAAACACACAAAUUUCUGCGUGUGACCUCGCAUUGAUCUUUUGCGGGUCCACAAUAAUCCCUUCCUAUUUUUUUUGUAAUUAUUUUUUUUUUUAUCAUGGUAAUGAGGAACCAGAAGUAAUAUUUUUACAUGGCCGCAUUUGAAAAUACAACCUAUUUUGUCAUUUACUAACAUGAACAGUGUUAUUUGGCGUAUAAAAUUCCCUUAUUUGUAUACUUCUUAUGUUUCAGAGCCCCCGUAUUACACAAAACAGUGAUCAUCCUUACAGCAGUUGUCUCCCACCAAUAUCCUCUACACCUGAAAAAAAACGUCUUUCAUCUCAGUUGACAAAGCCCAAGCCCAUAUCCAGGGCUUUAUUAUAUGGGAAAUGACGUUAUCUUUGGUUUUAUCUUGAUAAAAAUAGAUUUAUUUCACUAGUGAGCCCUAUGAGAUUAACUACCUAGCCAAUUAAUUUAAACAUCUCUUCCAAUGGGAAGCGCGAAACACUAUAUCUUCUGGCAAAUGCGAUUGAAACGCAUGUAGAACGUGCCAGGGGCGUCUAUACAGUUGGGAGGGGGUGUGAGAGAGGAAGCA